AUGUCUGACAAAUCUCGAAGAAGCUCGGGUGGAUCUGGCCGUGGGCUGGCAGAACCGCAACUACACUCAUCGAGGCGAGCUUCUCCCCGUUCACGCAGUGGUGGAAACGACUCGGGGGAACGUCAGGCACAGAGAAGGAGUAAUUCUGGAGGUUUGAACGAUAAAGAGCGUGGCCGUGAUGCUGUGCCUACAAGUGGACGUCAUCACAGCAGAAGUGGCAGCGACGGCAGCAUGGGGGAUAAAUAUCAUCCUCGACGCUCCGGGAGCGGCAGCUCCAGAGCCUUCACGAAAAGCCCCGUUUCUGAACAGAUGAAAGCUACGCCUCUCCGAAAUUCUAACGGACGACAAGAGAAUUCACGUAGCCGUAGAGAUUAUUCACAGGAGCGAGGAAAGGCUGUCUCCCAUGAUGAACUGUUACAUUUACUGCGUAAAAAGGGAUCCUUGACAGAUAUUCGACCGGAUAUGUAUCGACUGGAUCUCAAACAGAAGGAUGAUUUACGUUUUCUGUACGAAACGCAACACCGCGUGGAUCCUGAGCUAGUUCCCAUUUCAAAACACAUCACACCUGGAAAAUGGAAGCAGAUGAACCAAAGUCACAUCUUUGAUCCUCCUCCACCACCGACACCGCAGAAAAAGCCAACGUCUGAUAAGAAGAAGGAUGGACUUGGCACUAUAGCGCGCUUCUUGCUUAACGCAGAGGACCAAACAAAGUCCCCAGCAAGGGGGCGCAGUCACCGCCAUUGUAAUGCGAGUGGAUCUGCUCUCUGGCUUUUCGGUGGAAAUGAUAGCAAUGGAGUUGGAGAAAAUAUUAACGACCCGCGGUUUAUCUCCCCACGAAGAGGUACACGCCUGGUGCCCAAUCACCCAUCUGACCAAUUGGGGAGAGAUCUUCUUGCACGGGAGCCAUUGAGCGGAGAAAUUGCACCUCGACAUGGGGUACGUACAAUGAAAGCAGUGCAGGCAUUUGAAGCAACACAACCAAAACUAACCUUGCCUCCCAGGAAGCAAUCAGCUCGAUUCACAAAUGCUAUGCGAACUCACUCAGCAGGAGGAGAUAACGAUAUUUUGGGGGUUCGAGGACGACGUGAGCAUAUGAUGCGAAGAUCUCGAUCUGCAUCUGUUCCUUCUAAUGAUCCAUAUGGUCAUGAAGAGGAAGAUAGAACUAUGAGACCACGGAGUUCGAAACCACGAAGCACGAGGUCACAGACUUCGAGCCGGCGAAGUGAAACAAGAAGUGAAACGAGAAGUCAAACAAGAAGUGAAUGUUCUAUGGAGCGAAGGAGUAACGCUCCAUUUGGUGAAGAAGAAGAGUCAAGGGUUAAUCGUACACGAAGACAUCACGGUUCAAGUCACCACAGCAGCCGACACAAUUCUUCUUCUUGUGGCAGUGUUACUUCUUCACCAUCUGUGAAAAACACUAAACGACCUCAUUCUCAUUCAUCACGAAGAAGUGAUAGUGGUAGGGGUAGUCACAGAAGAAAUGAUGGUACAGAGUCUUAUGUAAGUUCUUCUUAUGAAACCGGCUCAUAUACAACAUCGGCUAUGUGGGAAGAAGAAGAACGACAUCAUCAGAAGUUAAGGAAUCAUCGGCAAAGUGAAGAUUUGUUGGUCUCGCCCCGCAUACGAACAGGACGUGCUCGUGUACCAGGUCAUUCCAUCACGGCUUCUCACAUUGUUUUUGGUGAUGAACGACCUCUUAAAUCACCACGUGUAGUUAAACAAAGCACGCAGUUAAGAUCACCUCAAAUGCAUAAUAUAUUGACUUGGGCGUAA